CACAGUGCUGACUGCGUUGGAUUUUAGGAUCUCACAUCUGCCACUAGUGCCACUGCUGUUUCUUUUUAGUAUUCCGUUGUGUUCUAUAAAAAAUGGCGGCUCCCAGCGCACCAAAAGACGUUAACGCAUAUCUCAAUCAAAAGCAGAAUGUCGCCGAUAAGGAAUUGGCAGCCGAGUGGGCAAAACUUGAAGAGCUUUACAGCAAAAAGCUUUGGCAUCAGUUGACCCUCAAAUUGGAGACUUUCGUCACACAUCCUGCACUCCAGAAAGACGAGAACUUAGUGGAUCUUUACAACAAUUUCUUGUCUACUUUUGAAAACAAAAUCAACCCACUGUCUUUUGUCGAAAUUCUAGCUCACGUAAUAAAGCAAUUCAAAGAUAAGCGCAGUGCAAUCAAUUUCCUUGAGAAAACUGAGACAAAAGUUAAGGGUAACAAAGAAGCAGUUGCUCUCUGUAAAGUUCUAGCAGGACAAAUACUCUUAGAUGAAUUGAACAUCCAAGAUGAAGCCAAGAAAAUCAUUGAAGAUGUUGAGGUGAUGCUUGAUUCCAGUGAUGGAGUCACAUCUGUUCAUGGUAGAUUUUACCUGUUAGCUAGCCGUCUAUACCGGUUGCAAGGAAAGCAUGCUGAGUAUUAUAGAACAGCUCUUAGGUACUUGGGUUGUACUGAAUUAGAUACUCUAAGUAAACCUGAACAAGAGCAACAUGCCUUCUUCCUUGGUCUAGCAGCACUUCUCGGAGAAGGUGUUUACAAUCUUGGAGAACUUCUGGCUCAUCCUGUUUUAGAAUCUCUGAAAGGAACUCCCAACUCGUGGCUUAUUGAUUUACUUCAAGCUUUCAAUGCUGGUGACAUUGUUGCACUGGAGAGGUUGAAGCCACAGUGGAGUAAAGUAGCAGAUCUUGCAGCUCAAGAACUGAAACUCAGACAGAAGAUUUCAUUGCUUUGUUUGAUGGAAAUGACUUUUAAACGUCAAGCAAAUAACCGACAAUUGACUUUUGCUGAAAUUUCGCAAGAGACACAUCUGCCAAUUGGUGAAGUGGAGCUUUUGGUAAUGAAAGCUCUUGCACAAGGACUCGUACGAGGAGCAAUCGAUCAAGUUGCAGGUACAGUAAACAUGACAUGGGUACAACCGCGAGUUCUCGACCGUACGCAAAUCUCGGGAAUGAUCCAACGUCUCGAGAGUUGGUGUAAGGAUGUCAACUCGAUGGAAAGUCUUCUUGAAAACAGAGCCACAGAAAUUAUUACGCUCUAAUCUAUCAAGAUACUUAAUGAUGUGUUCCUCAUUCGAAAAUUUGAUUUCAUUGACUCUUUCUCUCCCUUUUUACUUGUGCAUUUAAAAAAAUACCGACUUGAAGUAAAGAUUUUUCUUAUAAACUUUCUUGGUUUAAUGCAUUUUUAAUUUUUUCUGUAAGAAACUGUAUUGAAAAAUUUUUGUAAAUACAUAAGUUACGCAAGAUUAAUAAUAAAAA